GCGCUGAGCUGCUGGGCUGACGGCGGGUCGUCGCCUUCUGCCGGACCCACGUCGCCUUCCUCCGGCUGCCGCGGAUGCGCCAGCUCAGGCAUAGACCCCUCUGGGCUGCGGGUCCGAGUCUCCUCAGCUCCUCAGCUCCUCAGCCGCUGCUGCGGUGCGGUAUGGACACUCCUCCGGGGAUGAGAACUGGAGAAUCCCUUGUCCUUCGCGCUGUCUCGCUUAACCUCCCCGCCCUGUUUAACAGGUGUGGAGACUAGGUCCUGAGAUGGGAAGGAUCACCGAAACGACCAGCUGGGGCUUCUGCUGUGCUUAGGUCCUAAAGGGGUCGGUCCUGACGGGCCGGGCAGGUGUCCCGCUCGCUGCGAGAGCCCUGCUUGAGACUUGGCUGAUAGAGGGUCCUUGGGUCAUAGAAUACCACAACUGCUCGGACUCUGGGAUAUUAUCUUUUGCAACCCUCUUCUAGGAGUGAUGGGGAAAUAGAGGUCCAAGAAAGGAUAGGGGUUGCCUGAGGUCAUCCAGUGAGUUAGUCGCAGAGCUGCGACUAGAAUUCUAGUCUCCCUGAGCUCCCGCUGCUGUUUGCUUUUCACCACACUGCCUCCAGCGGAAAACUUGACAGCUACCAUGUCCACGCAGAGACUUCGGAACGAGGACUACCGUGACUACAGCUCCACCGAUGUGAGCCCGGAGGAGAGCCCGUCCGAAACCCUGAACAACUUCUCUUCUUCGGGCUCCUACCAGCGGUUCGGGGAAAGCAACAGCACAACAUGGUUCCAGACCCUGAUCCACCUGUUAAAAGGCAACAUUGGCACAGGACUCUUGGGGCUGCCUCUGGCAGUGAAAAAUGCAGGCAUCUUGAUCGGUCCCCUCAGCCUGCUGGUGAUGGGCCUCGUGGCUGUGCACUGCAUGGGUAUCCUGGUGAAGUGUGCCCACCACUUCUGCCACAGACUGAACAAGCCCUUUGUGGACUACGGCGAUACAGUGAUGUACGGCCUGGAAGCCAGCCCCAGCUCCUGGCUCCGAAACCACGCGCACUGGGGAAGACACAUUGUGGACUUCUUCCUGAUCGUCACGCAGCUGGGAUUCUGCUGUGUCUAUUUUGUCUUUCUGGCUGACAACUUUAAACAGGUGAUAGAAGCAGCCAAUGUGACCACCAACAACUGCCACAGCAACGAGACAGUGAUUCUGACACCCACCAUGGACUCGCGACUCUACAUGCUCACCUUCCUGCCCUUCCUGGUGCUGCUGGUAUUCGUCAGGAACCUCCGAGUGCUCUCCAUCUUCUCCCUGUUGGCCAACAUCUCCAUGCUGGUCAGCCUGGUCAUGAUCUACCAGUUCAUUGUUCAGGAGAUCCCAGACCCUACCCACCUCCCCUUGGUGGCAUCCUGGAAGACCUACCCUCUGUUCUUUGGCACAGCCAUUUUUGCAUUUGAAGGCAUUGGGAUGGUUCUGCCCCUUGAAAACAAAAUGAAGGAUCCCCGGAAAUUUUCACUCAUCCUCUAUGUGGGAAUGGCUAUUGUCAUGGCCCUGUACAUCAGCCUGGGGAGUCUGGGGUACCUGCAAUUUGGAGCAAAUAUCCAAGGCAGCAUAACUCUCAACCUGCCCAACUGUUGGCUCUACCAGUCGGUUAAGCUGCUCUACUCCAUCGGCAUCUUCUUCACCUACGCCCUCCAGUUCUACGUUCCGGCCGAGAUCAUCGUCCCCUUCUUCGUGGCCCGUGUGCCCGAGCACUGUGAGCUGCUGAUAGACCUGUCCGUGCGCACCAUGCUGGUCUGCCUGACGUGCAUCUUGGCCAUCCUCAUCCCCCGCCUGGACCUGGUCAUCUCCCUGGUGGGCUCCGUGAGCAGCAGUGCCCUGGCCCUCAUCAUCCCGCCCCUCCUGGAGAUCACCACCUACUACUCAGAGGGCAUGAGCCCCCUCACCAUCAUCAAGGACGCCCUGAUCAGCAUCCUGGGCUUCGUGGGCUUUGUGGUGGGGACGUGUGUGGCCAUCUACGAGCUGAUCCAGCCAAGCAACGCUCCCAUCUUCAUCAACUCCACCAGUGCCUUUGCAUAGCGGGCUCGGUGCAUUCCCUGCAUCAUCCCACGGCACCCUGUAUGUUCCCCAGCACCUGGCCCCAGAGCCUCAGGUAGGGUCCAGGCUCUGGGGAAAGGCCAGGCUGCCAUGCGGGAACCCCUCUACCUGGCACCAGGGUACCCUGGGCCAGGUAGGGUUGAGGGCAGCUGAAAGGGUGGACAGCAGCUCCGUGGGAGGUACCUCUUGUGGCAGUGCCAUUACUGUUUAUUUGUACUUAUUUUAACCCAGAACUUUUCAACUCUUUUCCCUGAUUGUGCCUCCUCCCUUACUACCUGCCUCUCUCCUAACCCCUCAGCCAAUUUAUUCCUGUUGCACAGCUCACUUUAUUUACAAUUUUUCAUGUCUCCAACUUCAUGUUUUCCCCUUUCCUGGGCCAGGCCUAGGUGAAGUAAGAGGGAAUACUCCCUCUUUACAAAGCCGGGCCUAUCUCUUAUCUCUCUCCCAAAUAUUUUACCUCAGUAUUCUCCUACUGAUUCAAGUCUCCACCUAGUAAUGGAGCCUACUUAGUAGUUUAAAACCAGCCCCCAAAGCUGGAGUUUUUAGCCUUUGUUCUCUCUGGCUUGUUGUGACCCUGGACAAUACCUUCUUUUCUCCAAAUUCCUCAUGUGGGUCAUAAUACUGUUUUCUUAGUCGCUCUAGCUCCUGGAAGACACCGUGUGCUGCCAAAAUGGAAAAUAUUUACAUCUUAUUUAAAAUUAGCUUCUGUUUUUAGACUCUGUCUCGAGAUCUGGGGUUACUGUGAAUUGUUCCUUUCUCAGUAAACCCUUCCUUAGCUUUUCCUGCUGAGAAGACCUUCCUCCAGGAGACGUCUGCUUAGGCCUUCAGCACCCUCUGCCGAGUACCCCAGGGGUUUUAAUCGGGAUCACCAAUGUGUGGACCUCUGUGGGGAGCCACGAACUCUGCCUCCCCACAGACCAGCCUGGUUUCCUCCUGGGAAAGCACGAGGGACACAGGAGAUGCCGACACACGAGGCUGAGGGGAAGGAUGGCCACAUUGGGUGUGUUUCUCCCCACAGGAGACUUAUGAAAUGGUUACUUUGUGCGUUCAGGCCUGUUUUCCCUGCCUCAGCCCUUGACACACAAACUGGAUGGCUGCAUCCAGUUGCCCUCAUGCUGGGAAGACCGCCAGACUCCUGCCGUGGAGAAGAUAAGGCCAGUGUGCAUCCAACACUAAGAGUGGUGCUCGGUUGUUUACAAUUCCUGGAGGGUGGGGUGGAAACAGUGCCCCGCCUCCGGCUGCCUCCAGGACCUGGAUUUCUAAAGGAACCACUUGGUUGGGUGGGACUUCGGUCUCCUGUGUUCUGAACACUAAUGGUGCCCUUAUUCUUCCCUUCCCGCUUGCCCCCCCCACCCCCGCUUGCCUCCCUGGGUAUCAGAAAAGAAAUAGCCUCAGGGCUGAGUCACCUCAAGGUCAGCCUUCAGGUUUGGGAACAAACUGCGGAGAAGGCAGAGGAAGGUGCAUUGCCUUGGUUUGGGCUGCCUUUCCUCCCUUCGCGGUGUGAGAAGGAUUGCAGAAGAGCGUUCACUAAUUCUCCGUCUCUUGAGCGGUUUAUGUGUCUGUGUGUGUAGGUGUUCAUGCACAUGUAACAGAGUCCUGCUGUCCUCCAGCCCUGCCACCAGGCUCUCACGUACCUGAAAGUCUGGGAGAGCAGCGCAACUUUAUCGGGUUCUGUUUUUGUGUUUCACCAAAACUCCUAAGGGCUGUGACCCACUCCUGUGGCCCCUGCUUUUUCUUUUUCUUCUGUUCCAAAGCCAGACUUUCUCAUAGCAGUGACUCCUGAGCUAUCUAAUAAUUUAUUAACUUCAAAAGAUGCAAUCAUUGGUGGCUUGGUUUCCCUUAGGAAAAUGGUACUUUUCAUCCACGCUCUCCGCUCUUUGGUGGUCACUACCGGGUGCUUACAUGACCAGGGCUCUAACUGGAGGUUGCAGUGGCCUUGCCCUUUGAAGCCUCAGGCUUAGAAGUUACUGAAGUGGGUUCAAGAACUGUCAUCUCCUGUUUGCGAGCCCGGGCUCCAGUUGUCUCUCCACAGUGGUCAGCAGGGUUGUUUUCAGUGAGAAGGUGUGGGCCAGCAGAAGGGAGUCAGACAUGUGUCCUGCCCACAGCAUCCUCAGUGGAGCUUCUGUGCACUCAGGGAGCUGUUUGAGGCAGCCCGGUCCAGGCGGGUCGUGAGAUUGGGACUGUGAUGCUGGGAACUGAGGACUGGACAGCAUAGUGUUGAGGUCAUCCAGCUCCAGGUCUGUUGCUUCAGGGCCUCUGCCCAGGGACCAUCGUGUGUAGGAGAGACAGCUCUAGCUCUGGCACUUCGGGAAGACAGUUUGGCCUGGGCUUCACCCUGUUUGAUCGCUUUUCUGUGCUUUUGCUGCUUUAAUAGCCGGAUCACCUGUCUUCAGGAGACCCAGGCAAGGGGGACCCCAUGGGGAACUUCCUGCUAGUGUGGUUGCACAGCGAUUAGGUGUCAAGUAAAGGGUCAACCCUUACUCCUCUGCUAUUCAUGGGCUUCUCAGCCAGGGAGCCCUCCCUGGUUUCUUUCCAGUGCUUGUUAGGGACCAGCUACCCCACCUCUCCCUGGGCCCUGCUCUGAUCCCUGGUGAAGAAGCCCCAGCGUAUUCAGAUGACUGAUCAGGGAGCAGCAGAAGGCCUUUCAGGAGUGUGAGGCCACAUCUCCCAGACCAAAGACCAACCGAGGGGUUUUCUGGCCCAGUACUGUUCGGCUCUGUGUCCAUCUCCAGGCUCCCCAGGGCAACCCCAGAUUCCCAUCAGCCUGGAGAUGGCUUCUCAGAGCCCCGUGUUCUCUCCUGCAAAUACCACUAUUGGGACCAGGUUUCCAACUCCCUAUAGGUGAUAUACCUCUCCUUAAAUGCAGGUACUUGCUGGCCACAGCAUGACCUGGCAUCUUCUGUUUCAUUCGCCUAACAGUUGUACGUUUCACAAGUGGCAUUAUUUAUAUUUAUAUUGUGCUGCUAUCCAGCUGCUAGGAGCCCUUCAUCUACACAGAGCCUGGCUAGAGAUAUGUGACCGUGUAGCGUGUCUUCACCUAGAACCUGCCACUUACACCCGCCUCCUCCAUCGCUCACCUCUCCAGCCAAAUUCACUGGCUGAUGCUCACCAUUCCCUCUCUAACCCUGUGAAAGGUAAAAUUUGCAGCUUUAUCAGCUGUAUUAAAGUGAUGAUCCCACACAGGUACAUUAGGAAAAUCUUUUCUCCCUCCCUGUGCUCCUGUCUUGCUUUUCUCUUCUUAAAUCUCUCCCUCCUGAAAUAUAGUAUAUCCUCUCUAUUUAACACUACAUGUUUACCUCAUGUUUUUUGAAAGUGGACAGUCUCAGUUUAUGUCUGUUUACAGCUCCCUCUGUUGACCACUCACCCCAAGGGGAUCUGUGUCAGCGGGCUGUAUCUCGUGGCUGAUUGGAUGUUAGGGGGGAGCCCUAGCUCGGCCCCGGUCAGAACGCAAGCUGCUUUUUCACAAACGAGACACAAAGUGCAGGUGGCACGACUUGGUGAUUCAGAGUCGGCUCCAAGUCUGCCUUAGAGGUAAUGUUUCCAAAGGACAUCACACAUCUCUGAGACCAUUCAGGGAAAAGGAGAGGGUAUGGUUUGUCUUUGAAAUAACGGUCGAUACUUUUAGGCAAUUGGUUCUGCUGGUUGCAAGGCUGUUUUCUCUGAUAUCAGCCUGUGGCAUUUCUUCUCUAUCCUUUGGGACGCUGUGUCCUUUCCUGGCCAGGGGACGUAAAUGGUGCUGAUAUGCGGUUGCCAGAAUCACGGUGGGGGAGUGAGGUGGAGGGUACCUAUUGUAAGCCGUGUUCUUUUGUUUCAGUCAAAGUAAUGCUGUGGAAGCUAUUUUGUCUUACUGAACGGUAAAAUUAUGUGACUAUUGUAAAACAUGUCAGUGGAUGUGUGAAUAAGAGGAAUAUGAAAAACUCCUGUCCAGCAGGUCUUGAUAACUGGACAGUCCUGUGUAUGCUCUGUGUCUCCAUGGAUGUGUGUUUCCCACAUGGUACGUACAGAGAUGUGGGCUUUGCAGGAGCUUGUAGAAGAUCUUGUUUGGGAUUCUGCACACGGAUCAUGUGUUAAAUUUUUCCUUAAUAAAUGAAUUUUAUUUUUUAUUUUCGA